AUGGCCGAUAUCAACGUAGAUGUUCUUGUUAUUGGAGCUGGACCAACUGGUCUUGGAGCUGCAAAGCGUUUGAAUCAACUUAAUACUGCAUCAUGGAUGAUCAUUGAUUCGAAUGAAACUCCUGGUGGACUUGCUUCCACAGAUACCACUCCUGAGGGCUUCCUGUACGAUGUUGGCGGACACGUUAUUUUCUCACAUUAUAAAUACUUUGACGACUGCAUUGAUGAGGCGUUGCCAAAAGAAGAUGAUUGGUACACACACGAGCGUGUCUCUUAUGUCCGCUGCAAGAACCUCUGGGUUCCUUACCCAUUUCAAAACAAUAUUUCCGUUCUGCCAAAGGAGGAACAAGUCAAGUGUGUUGAUGGCAUGGUUGAUGCUGCAUUAGCAGCUCGCACUGCUACUACCAAACCAAAGGAUUUCGACGAGUGGAUCGUUAGAAAUAUGGGCGAGGGAAUUGCAAACUUGUUUAUGAGACCAUACAAUUACAAGGUCUGGGCAGUCCCAACCACUGAUAUGCAAUGUGCAUGGCUGGGUGAGCGUGUCGCAGCUCCAGAUGUGAAGACUGUCGUCAAGAAUGUUAUUCUCAACAAGACUGCUGGAAACUGGGGUCCUAACGCCACUUUCCGCUUCCCUGCUCGCGAUGGUACCGGUGGUAUUUGGAUUGCAGUCGCAAAGACUUUGCCAAAGGAGAAGACCUUGUUUGGAAAGGAAGGAGAGGUUAAGAAAGUCAACGCUGAUGCACACACUGUCACUCUAUCCAGUGGCAAGACCAUUGGCUACAAGAAGUUGAUUACCACCAUGGCUGUUGAUCAACUUGUCGAGCAGAUGGAAGACAAGGCACUCAUCACUUUGAGCAAGGAUCUGUUCUACUCAACAACCCACGUUGUUGGUGUUGGAAUCAGAGGAGAGCGACCAGCAAACAUUGGCGACAAAUGCUGGCUCUACUUCCCAGAAGACGACUGCCCAUUCUACAGAGCAACCAUCUUCUCAAAUUACUCCCCACACAACCAACCUGAGAAAUCGGUCAAGCUCCCUACCUUAUACCACGCAGAUGGAAGCAAGCCAAAGUCUUCUGAGGCUCAAGAGGGCCCUUACUGGUCUAUUAUGUUGGAAAUCUCCCAAUCCACCAAGAAGGCAGUCGAUGUUGAAAACAUCCUUAGAGAUUCCAUUCAAGGUCUCAUUAACACUGAAAUGAUCAAAUCUACCGAUGAGAUCGUCUCCACUUAUCACAGAGCUUUCGACCACGGCUACCCAACCCCAUCCCUCGAGAGAGAAGGUGUCUUGACUCAACUCUUGCCAAAGCUCCAAGAGAAAGAUAUCUAUUCCAGAGGGCGUUUCGGUUCAUGGAGAUACGAAGUUGGAAACCAAGAUCACUCGUUCAUGUUGGGUGUUGAGGCAGCUGACCACAUUGUGAACGGAGCUGUUGAGCUUACUCUCAACUAUCCAGAUUUCGUUAACGGCAGAAAGAACACUGAGAGAAGACUCGUUGAAGGAGCUCAGGCUUUCCAAAACAAAGAUUUACCUUCACGUCUCGCCAACUAG